UAGAGGAGGGAGGGGGAAUGGCUGGGGCGCCCCGCCCCGUCGCUGGGGGAAUCCUGCACUACGUGCAGCUAGAUCCUUGGAAGGAAGGGAAGGUGGACCUUUGUGUCAAGUAAACCCUCUCGGCUCCGCCCCUCCCCUCCCCCCAGGCACGCUCCGGCCCCGCCCGGCCCCUCGCGCUGCGGCCACCGCGCCGCCGCGGCCCCCGCCGUUCCCCGCCCCCUCAGCACUCGGGCUGCCUUCACUGCUGCCUGAUCGCCGAACCCCGCGCCCUCCAGGUAUCCAGGAGGCAGACGCAGAGGCGACUUUCGCCGGACGGCAGCGGCGGGUUCUCGGGCAGGGAGGGUGAUCUCCCGACGGUCGGAGCGGUCGGAAGGCGUCCGCGGUUGGGCGCCGGCGCAGCAGGCAGCUGUGGGGGGCCGUGGCGGGGUCCUGGCGGGCGGGACGGUGGUGUCUCCUUCACUUCGCCCUCCAGCCGCGGUAGCUACACCCGGAGCCCUAGCGCGUUUAGCCGCCUGAACAGCUAGUGGAACGCCUACGGCCCUCACCCGACUUCCAGGUCUUCCCUUCCCGCGGCCUCACCAUGUCGUGCCAGCAGCCGUGCCAGCCGUGCCAGCCGCUGUGCCAGCCGCCCUGUCAGCGUCCGGCAAUGUGUAUUCCUCCAGCAUAUGCUGACCUUGGCAAAGCUGCCAGAGAUAUUUUCAACAAAGGAUUUGGUUUUGGAUUGGUUAAACUAGAUGUGAAAACAAAGUCCUGCAGUGGAGUGGAAUUUUCAUCAUCUGGUUCAUCUAAUACAGACACCGGUAAAGUUUCUGGGACUUUGGAGACCAAAUAUAAAUGGUGUGAGUAUGGUCUGACUUUCACAGAAAAAUGGAACACUGAUAACACUCUGGGAACCGAAAUCGCAAUUGAAGAUCAGAUUUGUCAAGGUUUGAAGCUGACAUUUGACACUACCUUCUCACCAAACACAGGAAAGAAAAGUGGUAAAAUAAAGUCUGCUUAUAAGCGGGAAUGUAUAAACCUUGGCUGUGAUAUUGACUUUGAUUUUGCUGGACCUGCAAUUCAUGGGUCAGCUGUUUUUGGUUAUGAAGGCUGGCUUGCUGGUUAUCAGAUGACCUUUGAUAGUGCCAAGUCAAAGUUGACAAGGAAUAACUUUGCAGUGGGUUACAGGACUGGAGACUUCCAACUGCACACUAAUGUCAAUGAUGGAACAGAAUUUGGAGGUUCAAUUUAUCAGAAAGUUUGUGAAGAUCUUGAUACUUCUGUAAACCUAGCUUGGACAUCAGGCACCAACUGCACUCGUUUUGGUAUUGCAGCCAAAUAUCAGUUGGAUUCCACUGCAUCUAUUUCUGCAAAAGUCAACAAUUCUAGUUUAAUCGGAGUGGGUUAUACUCAGACCUUGAGGCCUGGUGUGAAGCUUACGUUGUCUGCCCUGGUGGAUGGGAAGAGCAUCAAUGCUGGAGGUCACAAACUUGGACUUGCCUUGGAGUUGGAGGCUUAGUCCAAUUGAAGAAACCUCUGGGGAAGGGAUAGCUAGCAGAAGAUUUGGCCUUAAAAUAUAUUUCCAAUGUGACCAGCAGGCUUUUUUUUUCCAAGAGGGAUGAUCUAAACAAGGGAUGAUCCAAACAAGAGCUGUAUUUUAAAUAUUUAGACAGUUACUUGUUGGUUUUUAGUUAAAUUGGUUAUCUAGUUCCCAAUGCUGCAGUAGUGCAGUCACCUAUACAUUAUUUAAAAGUAUUUAACUGUUAAAUGCGCUACCCACCAAUAAUGAAAUAGACCUUUAUGAAAACUGUGCAAUGGUGUGCAUGUUUGUUUUUAUGUUCCUUUUAACAAAUUUGAUAUUGCCAUUGGAUGAGAUGGAUCAGUGGAUGUUUUCAGAUGAGGUACAAAAAUUUUGUUAAUUUACCAUCAUUAGAAAUACUUUUGGUAUCCUAGAACAAUACAAAUUAUGAAUAAAACAAAUAUGCAUAAUUGUGCCUCCAAGUAUUUGCAGAGUUGAAGCUUUGGUAACUAGAGUCAAAUGAGUCAAUUUGUAAGCACUCCCUUUGGUCUCCUUGUUGUCUAGAUUAUAAUUUAUUUUUCCAUGAGCUCUUCACUCAUAUCUGUGCCACAAGUCCUCCUUGCCCUUAGAGCAAUCCCAUAAAUUUUUUUUAAAUGAACAAAAUAAAAUAAUAUGAAGAUA